UUUGCUUUAACACUGAAUUGCUUUUAUAUAAAAACAUGUAUUAUGACACCUUAAUUAAACCCAAAGGAACUGCUGAUGGACACACAUAAUUUCCAUAGCAGUUCAACUAGAGCGCCUAUAAAAGGACAAAAUUUAAACAAAAACACAACUAGUUUCACACUUCACUUUUUGGAUGUGCCAACAUAAAUUUGGUUCUUUGGAGAUAUGUCUCAUUUCAAAAAUUUUUCCAUAAUAACUUUUUUUAUCGUAUGGAACUGCUUAAAUCAUUCAUUAGAGAUUAGUGCAUCAACUUUGACGGACUAUACUGCAAUCGAUUUCUUAAUGGAUGUGCAGCGCUUCAAUGUGUUCCAAAAUAUUUUGGUUGUUAGAAAUCGCAACACCACAAUUGCCGCAACUUUCGUCAACUCUUUGACGGAAAUUGAAGACAAAAAUGAGACCAGUGUGGAACUGAACCAUUUCUUGGUUGCUAUAAUGACAAAAUUACAAGUGAACGUAUUGCAAAUGAAUGAAUUGUCAACUCCAUUAUUCUUAAAACGAUACGUAAAUGAUAACAUUUUAUCUGUGGUCAUAUUAGAUGGACUAUUCCUGGAGAAUAGUGUUUUAUUGCAGAAAUUCUUAAUUAAUGUGCGCGAAAUGACGACGUCGAAAGUGUUAUUUUUAUCUAAUGAAGCUGAAGUUAAUACGGAGUACCUAACAAAACUAUUUCACUUCUGUUGGCAAUCUAAAAUUAUAAAUGUUGCAGUACUUUUUGCAGAUUAUCAGGUGAGAUUCUUACAAACUUUUAGUGCUUUUAUAAUGUGAAAUUAGUGUGAAAUUAGUGUGAAACUCACACUAAUUUUCUU